AUGGCGACAACGCAGUUUGAUAAAAUUUAUUAUGGCCUUUCAUCUGAAGUUGGGAAAUUUCGUGUUGCAGCAAGUGGAAUGGCCUGGAAGGGCGAAGAGAAUGAUACAGUAACUGCCAUACCGUCUGCAGAAGUGAAAUGGGCCCAAUGGUAUCGCGUUGCAAGGAACUUCCAGCUGCGAAUAGGCUUGAAGGACAGACGGCGAGAAACUUUCGACGGCUUCUUGCGGGAGGAUCACGAUAAACUCGCAGGGCUACUCAAACAGCACUUUGCGGUGACCUUGGAGGUCAAAGAUGUCACAUUCAAAGGCUGGAACUGGGGUGUAACGGACAUCCAAGGGCAAGAUCUGGCGUUCCUCGUGUCAAACAAGACGGCUUUCGAGCUCCCUUUGAGCCAAGUAGCAAAUUCCAAUAUAGCUGGUCGUACUGAAGUCUCACUAGAAUUUGCCUCAUCGACACCAUCUGGAAAGAAACCUUCUCGCAGCGCUCCAGACGAGAUGGUGGAGAUUCGCUUCUAUGUCCCUGGUACGCAAGCUCGUGCCCGAGGGUCAGACGCUGGCUCGCAGAAAUCCGAUGACGAGGGAGAAGGAGAAGGAGAGGAAAUGAGCGCGGCACAGGCAUUCCAUGACGCCAUCAAAGACAAAGCAGACAUUGGUCAGGUUUCGGGAGACUUGGUCCUGAGUUUCGAAGAAGUUCUCGUCUUGACCCCUCGUGGACGAUACGACGUCGACAUGUUCCUUGACUUCUUGCGUCUUCGUGGCAAGACGUACGACUAUAAAAUUUUAUACUCCAGCAUUGCUCGAUUGUUCCUCCUACCCAAAGAUGAUCAACACGUACUCUUCAUUCUAGGAUUGAGCACACCCAUUCGGCAAGGACAGACCAGAUAUUCUUAUCUUGUCAUGCAAUUUGCCCGGGAAGAGGAGACCACAGCGGAGCUCAAUAUGUCAGAAGAAGACAUCGAGAAGUACGACAGAUUGAAAAAGAACUACGAAGACCCCACCUUUGAGGUCGUCUCGGGUGUUUUCCGUGCUCUAUCCAAGAAAAAGAUCAUCAGCCUAGGGUCAUUCAAAAGUCGCGAUGGUCAUCCAGGCAUCAAAGCUAAUCUCAAGGCUGUUCAAGGCGACUUGUUCAUGCUGGAAAAAUACAUCUUCUUCGUUUCCAAACAGCCGACUCUCAUCGAAAUAUCUGACAUUCAUCAGUGUGUCUUCUCUCGAGUCGGUGCAAGCAUGGGUGCCACUGCAGCCCGCACAUUCGAUCUGAAGAUUGUGACCAAGAGCGGCCCAGAGUAUACGUUCACGUCGAUCAACAAAGAGGAGCACGAGCCGGUCGAGGCCUACCUCAAAGACAAGAAGGUGAAGUUGAAGAAUGAGAUGGUGCCCGAUGUCGACAUGCUAGCCGCUGUAGGUGAUUCCUCUGACGAAGAAAUGCAGAGUGUUGCGAGUAGUGGGGACGAAAUGCCCAAGCCGAGGUUGGGUGGUGACGAUGAGGAUAGUGAAGAAGAUGAAGACUUCCAGGCCUCUUCCACAGACGAAGGUUCUCCGAGUGAAAGCGACUCAGAUUCUGACGGCGGUGUUACUGCCUCUGAUGCUAGCGGAGAUCGCGAGCUGGCGAAUGCUGCGAAAGGGAAGAAAAAACUGACCAAGAAGAAGGUGAAGGGCAAGGCAGCUGGUAGUGAUGCAGGGGAUGAUGAAGACAAACCAAAGAAGAAGAAGGCGAAGCCCAAAGCAGCCGGUAGCGAUGCAGGGGACGAUGAAAAUAAACCCAAGAAGAAAGCCAAGGCCAAGGCAGCUGGUAGUGAUGCAGGCGAUGAUGAAGAUAAACCCAAGAAAACAGCGCCCAAACCGAAGCCCAAGCCCAAAGCCAAGAAACAGGACGAUGAUGCCAUGGAUGUUGACGAAGAGCCGAAACCCAAGCCGAAACCGAGACCAAAACCAAAACCCAAAGCUUCCGGCCUUAAGGAAGGUGAGGAGGACGAACCCGCCAAGAAGAAACCCAAGGUAUCUUCAGAUUAA